ACAAAAAAAAAAGAAUCCAAGCCCUCGUGAAAUGUGAUGGUGUAUUUGACUAUUCCGCACACCAUCGUUAUACUGUAGUCUUGCAUAACAAUCAUGACAGCUAAACGGCUUUAAGACGCACAGCAGACCUAAGAACUACUCUAUGUAAGAUGAACACUGAGGACAAGUUGGAGGGCAUGCUGCUGAAAUGCAGCAGCGGAGGAAUAGACGGAGGAGGGAGAGUUGGGCUCGGCAGUGGAGGAGGAGGAGGACUGGUGGUGAUGACACUGGGGGAACGGUCACUGGCAAACCACCCUCUGUUGGCCGAGGAUGAUGAUGAUGAUGAUGAUGACGACGAUGACGACGAAGACGAGGACUUGACCGGGAGCUCACUGGUCACACAUGACCUGGUUCCUCCAGAGCAGCUGAUGAUGCAGGAGGAGAUGACAAAGAAUGGUAGAGGAGGAGAAGAGGAGGAGGGAGGAGGCGAGGUGGGAGUGCAUUUCCCCCUAAAACUCACCAAUAAGUUGCCCUGCUUGCUUCAUAUGCCAUUGAGCAUCAAGCAAGAACUGAAGCCGUCUGAGAACCCGGUCCAGAUAAAGAAGGACAAAAAAGCAGUGAAGGACCUGAUGCUUUGUCCCAAGAAGAAAAAGAGGAAGCAGCGUUCACCAGCAAAGAUUCUCAACAUCAAUGACGAUGACUCAUUGGGCUUACAGAACCCCAAGUGUCACGUCUGUGUUCACUGCAAUGCUGCCUUCAGAACCAACUACCAUCUACAGAGGCACGUCUUCAUUCACACCGGUGAGAAACCAUUCCAGUGCAGCCAGUGUGAUAUGCGCUUCAUUCAGAAAUAUCUCCUCCAGAGACAUGAGAAGAUCCACACUGGUGAGAAGCCUUUUCGCUGUGAUGAGUGUGGGAUGAGGUUCAUCCAGAAGUACCACAUGGAGAGACACAAGAGGACUCACAGUGGAGAGAAGCCGUACCAAUGUGACUACUGUCACCAGUACUUCUCCAGAACAGACCGGGUUUUAAAGCACAGGCGAAUGUGUCACGAGAACAGAGAGAGAAAGACCAACAAGGCAGCGGGUAAAGUUGGGCCUUUGCGUGAAGCAGAUUCUUUGGGCCUCCCGUUUCUUGCCAAAGAGUGUUCACUGCCCAAGAAAAAGCGGCAGAAGUGUGCAGACAAGAGUUCGGGAGCUUCUGAUGGGCACACCGUUGUCACUGUCCUGGAGACAGAGGAGAAGGAGGAGCAGGGACAGAAUAAACUUGAAGGUCUAGCUCUCUAUGCCGUGUCCUCCAAAGUCAAACACGAGUACGUGAUCGCAGAGUACUCCGGGGAACUUCCUGAAGAAACGGCUAUUCCACACCAGGAGGGCGACGUGUCGUCAGAAGACACGACUCCUCCCAAGCUAGUCCUGAAGAAGGUCCCCAAGAGGAGUCUCAAGCAGUCCGGUGAACAAACUCUUCCCUGCCUGUCCACUCUGUCUUCCUUUGAGGAAACUACGAAGGUCACGCAGUACACCUUUGAAAUCGUGGACAAGCAGGGCCUUUUAGAAGUGGAGAGCACCGCUGACCUCGAGCCAGUCGAAACUCUUCAAGGAGGACCGACGAAGCCGGCAGCUAGCAGCACAAACUACGACGACGCCAUGCAGUUUCUCAAAAAGAAGCGGUACCUUCAGGCCGCGAUGGCCAACAAUAGUCGGGAUUACGGCCUGAACGCGAGCAGCAUUUCUUCUCAGCCGCCUGUCACGCCAACCGUAGUGUCGACGGUCAUUGACGAGACCGUCCCCGCCACCAUUCUGGAGCCGCAGCCCGUCAGCGCGGAGAUUAAAGCGACGCACGACAAGAGUGUGUUGCCGGACGAGGUUCUCCAGACGCUGUUGGAUCACUACUCCAACAAAGCCAACGGGCAGUCGGACAUUUCUUUCAGCGUGGCCGACACCGAGGUGACGUCGAGCAUAUCCAUAAACUCCUCCGACGUGUCGGACAGCAGCCCCGUGGAGAGUCUCGGAGCCUCCAGCGCCCAGGCUCAGCCGGCUACCGAGAAGGUCAGCCUCUUGCAAGAGUACUCCAAGUUCCUCCAGCAGGCGUUGGAGAGGACCAGCCAGAACGACAGCUACCUGACCAGCCAGAGCCUCAGCCUGGUCUCCGAAAACCCCACCUUGGCCGGACAACCUCUGUUCUCCACCGAGAAACAGUUUCCUUCCCCCAGCAGGUUCAAAUCAGGGAUGAGCUCUCCGCUGAGGUCCCCUUUAGAGAAACCCAACUUUGGACUGCUGGUCGGGGACUCCCAGCACUCAUUUUCGUUUUCAGGUGACGAGACCACGCCUCCCUCUGCCGUGUCCCCGGCCGAGGAGGACUUCCUGGAGCAGGUCUCGCCCUCCAAAAAGACAGACUCUUCACAAGGCAUCCUGCAGACGUUUCAAAUAAGCUCCUUUGAUCAGAACUUCAAAUCUCAUUUCCAGGCGUCAAGAUCUGGAUCCUCCUCGCUGUUUACCGUUGCCAACGGACAAUUGAGUCUCCGAGGACACAGCACGGACUUCCCGGAGUUCCCCACAGUCCGAGUCACUGAGACCAGGUCUCAACUGAACUCCUCCCCGGAUGUUUCAUCCAGUGAAACCUUUGGCUGAAGGGGAGCGGGCGAGGAAUUCAUUUCUGUUAAUAAUUUCAGCGGCACUUUAUCUCAUGUUUCCUGUUUUGCCAAAAACAAGUCCCUAUAGACUAUGUGCUCUUUCACAAAGCAUUUCGUGUGAUUUCAUUUAAUUUUUUCGUUAAUCGCAUCUUCAUAAAAUGGAAAUACUGAAAAUAUAUAUCAUCAUAAUUAGCAUUCCCCCUAAAACAAACACUUGUAGCUGUGCAUGGAUAUAUUUCUUGCCCCAGAAUGUACACGUUGAGAGAUUAAGCGACCAAAGGUAACGUGACGUAUUCUCUCAUAGCGUUGCCACACAAGUUAAUGUUUUCUCAAUCAGUUUGCCUGGCACAAAAAUGAUCAAGUCACUCUUGCUACUUAAUGCAAUAUUUCCACUUAUUGAAAGGCCCUAUGUAUAUAUGUAUGUGUG